GCCCGCGACGCGCUACUGAGAGUGCCGUCCGAGCUGCAGUCUUAGUCCGUUUCAGAAACCGAGUCCAAGUGUGAGUGGCUAUAGAAAAUCGCAAGAUGCGCGGUCUACAACUACGACAGCUGUCCAACGCGUUGAAACCGGCGGCAGCGUUACGCCGGCACCUGACUUCGUCCACGGCAUCGGCGAAUUUCGAUCUCGGCGGAGUGUUCGUGCCCAUACCCACGCCUUACCUGGCCAACGGCGACGUCGAUUACGGAGCGCUCGCCUACAAUUUCGAACGAUGGGAAAAAAUACCGUUUAGAGGAUAUUGUGUGGGCGGAUCUAAUGGUGAAGGACCAUAUUUAAAAGCCGAAGAAAAAAUAGAAAUGGUAUCCAAAAUUCGAUCUAUGAUUGGAAAAGACAAAUUACUGAUUGCUGGAACGACCUGUGAAUCUACCAAGUUAACGUGUGACCUUAGUAAAGCUGCGGCUGAAGUUGGAGCAGACGGCGUUUUGGUGAUGAGUCCAUUCUACUUUAAAACUAGAAUGACGGAGGACUCGUUAUACGAUCAUUUUGUAUCGGUGGCAGACUCGUGUCCUGCGCCCGUCAUAGUGUACAACAUGGUUCCCGUUACAGGUAUCGACCUCAGCGUCGACGUAUUGAAGAAAAUGUCCUUACACCCGAACAUCGUCGGCGUUAAGGAUAAAGACAUGGGAAAACUUGCAGCACUGGUCACCGAAACGCAGGACCAAAGAUUCCAAAUCGUCGCCGGUUCGGCGAGUUAUUUAUUGGCCGCCAUGCUCGUCGGAUGCUCGGGCGGAAUAAACGGUUUGGCUGCUGUGCUUGGCGAACCGUUGUGUAAAAUGCACGAACUGGCAGUGGCGGGUCAGUGGCAGCAGGCUCUGGAAUUGCAGAGGAAACUCGUCAAUAUUGAUUUGCUGCUGAUGCAAGAAUGUGGACCGGCCGGUCUAAAAGCUGCGAUGGAACUGUUGGGCUAUAAAGGGGGUUUGUGUCGAUCUCCGUUACCGCCGAUCAGCAACGAGAAAAUCGCAAAAAUCAAACGGACGCUAGAAAAAGAUGGAUUUUUGUAAUGGAAUUAAACGAUACAAAUACAAAAACAGAAAACAUUACAAUUUAUACAGAA